AUGAGUUUUUCAGAAGACAUCUUUGCAUCAGAAGAUACUUUUGAAUCGAGAAAGGAUUACGAAUCACAAGAUUUCUUAGAAUCUCAAGACAUGUUCGGUAAUGAAAUUCCGGAUGAAAUCGAGGAUGAAAGUGAGAAAAAGAAGGAUGGUGAUGAGAGCAGCAAUAUCAACAAACAUUCUGCUACAGUUGCUGGCACUUGCACUCAUCAUUUGGAGAUUAUAGAAAAGCUCGAUGCUAUAAUGAAGAAGCAGGAGGAGUUCGAGAAAAGGAUGAAUUUAACCCUUCGCUUUUAUCAUACAAUCGAAGAUGCGGUGAAGAAAAUCGAACGAGCUUUUCUUUAUAUAAUCCACCAACUGCACAAUUUGGUUGGAAUAAAUGAAAAUUAA